UUGCGGAUAGAGAAGCUGCGCGCUUUGUUGAAGCCUUUCGCAUUUAUUUGUACAAAAACGUUCUAUAGUUGGAAAGCAUUUUCUGCUGGUUUGCUUCCGUUACACGAAACACUGAAAUCUACUGCAAGUUUUCAGUUCCUCGCAGAAUGUCCGACGGCCAGGAAAACGUUCCGGAAGGGUGGGAAAAGCGGACUAGCCGGUCCACUGGAAUGACAUACUAUUUGAAUACGUAUACGAAGGAGUCACAGUGGGAUCUCCCUACAAAACCGGCCACACCGGAGCAAGGAGCAGCCGAAGUUCAGUGUGCUCACUUGCUGGUAAAGCACAAGGACUCGCGACGACCCAGUUCCUGGCGGGAAGAGAACAUCACUCGCACCAAGGGGGACGCGUUGCGUUUGCUUGAAGGGUACAAAAAGCAAAUAAAGUCAGGUGAGGCCACGCUGCCAGAACUGGCACAGCAAUUUUCGGAUUGCAGCUCGGCUAAACGCGGAGGCGAUUUGGGAAUGUUUAAGCGUGGAAUGAUGCAGAAACCUUUCGAAGAUGCCGCUUUUGCACUGAAGAUAGGCGAAAUUUCCGAUCUAGUGGACACCGAUUCCGGAGUGCACCUUAUUUUGAGACUGAAGUAAGGUGAUGAGAUUUGGCAUAGUUGGUGGAAUGAAGGGACUCUGCAACAGAUCCCUAAUGAACUUUAAAGGUAAAAAUGCUGUUCC